GAUGGGCGGUGACCGAGCCUCCCCCACUCUCCCACCCGGGCCGGAGCAGGAGUCGCGUUUCCUCAUUUCUAGGCUGAAGUGCAGCCGGGCUUGGCUGGAGACUCGCCCCCAGCCGUCUCGGGGCUGCGGCAGCGUGUGGCCAUCCGCGGCCAGGGCAGGAUGGUGGAUCGGGAGUUUAACAAGCCACUGCUGCUGGAGGUGCUGAGAGCAGCCGGGACAGGGAAUGCCCAGUGCGCAGACUGCGGGACACCCGAUCCUGAGUGGGCCUCUUACAAGCUUGGAAUAUUCAUUUGUUUGAAUUGCUCUGGGAUUCAUCGCAACCUUCCUGAAAUCAGCAGGGUCAAAUCCAUCCACCUUGACUUCUGGGAGAAUGAUCUAGUAGAGUUUAUGAAGAUGCAUGGGAAUCUCUGUGCCAAGGCUAAAUAUGAGGCAAAAGUCCCUCCUUUCUAUUACAUCCCCCAUUCCAAGGACUGCCUGGUUUUAAAAGAACAAUGGAUCAGAGCUAAAUACGAGCGGGAAGAGUUUGUUGCCACCAGUGUCUGCCAUGAAACAGGUACCUCAGCGUCUGCAGGCAGCCGUGAAGGAUUUCUGUGGAAGCGCGGGCGGGACAGCAGGCAGUUCCUGAAGAGGCGGUUCCUCUUGUCGGCAACGGAAGGCAUGCUGAAGUACUACACCAAAGAGUCUAAAGGUCCAAAAGCUGUGAUCAGCAUAAAGGAUGUGAACGCAAUGUUCCAGACGGAGAAAAUCAGAAACCCUCAUGGGCUGCAGAUCACAUACAGCAAAGAAGGUCAGACAAGGAACCUCUUUGUCUAUCAUGAAAGUGGAAAGGAAAUUGUUGACUGGUUCAAUGCCAUUCGGGCAGCGCGUUUCCAUUAUCUUAGAAUCACCUUCCCCACCGCUCCUGAGGCCAAGCUCAUACCCAAGAUUACAAGGAAUUAUUUCAAAGAAGGCUAUAUGGAGAAAACAGGGCCAAAGAACAAGGAGGCCUUUAAGAAGCACUGGUUCAGCCUGGACUCUCAGGAGAGGAACCUGUUCUACUUUAAAGGCCCGUUGGAUGCCUUUGAACUGGGCCGAGUUUUUAUUGGAAGCAAAGAGCAGGGAUAUGAGGUCCAGGCUGGCUUGCCCAGAGGAGUCACAGGGAAGAAGUGUAAAGCUGGGCUCACCAUAGUCACGCCACACAGGAAGUUUGUGUUUGUGUGUGAAAAUGACAGGGAGCAGAAGGAGUGGACAGUGGACAGUGCUUUGAAUGAAGUCAUCUCCCAGCCUGUGACAGCCUAGGACUAGUGAGGACACUCUCGGGCUGCGCUGACCACCAGACCAGAUGACUUGGGCACAUGGGUUGAGGUGGGAAGAUAAACUCAGAGACACUUUACCUGCUGACAACUGUUUUUGCCUUUGUCUUCUGUCCCGGAAAGAGGGAAGCGAGGGAUUGCAUUUCCAGGGCUCAUUCCAGUCCAGCCUACAAGGGCCAUGGUGUUUGGUGGGAUGUAGCCACCUUAACAGUAGGAAGCAGACCGAGAUAACCACACUCAGUUCAUGGGACUAUCAAUCAUUGUUAUGUUCAAAGUGCCUUUUGGCUGCUCCUGACAUGGACUGCACUGGAGACAGUGACCCUGAGAAGAGAGUGCUGCAUCCCGGUGUUAAGGCCUACAGGGGGACUUUCAAAAGGGCUUAGCACUGGCCUAACUCUGUUCCCACUGAAAUCAGUGUGUCAUGACCCACGGGUCUCAAACACGGGCCCACAAGGUUCAUGGAAGCAGCCAUGUUCCAGCCCAGCAGCCAGCUGGCAGCAAGUUACCUGAGACCCAUGAACCUCAGCCCCAAUGUAAGGCUCUGCUCCUGAAGUCCAAAUGGCAGAGUCCCAGGGCAACGGAUCGUCCCGCUGGCCCUACUGAAGCCAGCAGCAGGAACAGGAAGCUGUCUGAACAGGGACUGUUCUGGACUGUUCACCUGUGCUCCCCUGGCUUGAUCUCCUGGCAUCUGACUCAUGGUUCCUGACGUCCAGUUUGUCUCCUGCUCUGAUCCCCUGGUAUCCUGACCCAGCCUGACUCUGGUUCCAGACUUGUGGUUUGCUUCUGACCUAGUGGUAUCCCAACUCCUGUCUCAUGGCUGUGGAUUUGGCUCUAGUAGGUCUGUCUAACCUGGCUGUGACAUAGUGGGAGUUUUACCAUUGACUCCAGUAGGAGCAGUAUUAUGCCAAUGCUGAGCACCCAGCCUAUGAGCAAAUCCUAAGAGGGGACGUGCAGCCCUAACUCCUGUUGGCUUCAGCAGGUUCUCGGAACCUCCCAGGAUACAUCCCAUGGGUUAGAAUGAAAGGACUGCCCCCUUUUCUUAUAAGUGGGUCCAAGGCCCUGUGUUGGGUUGUACAUUUUGGUGACAAAAUCCCCAAAUUCUGGAAAAAUAAAAGAUAGUUUUGACCUCC